AAUUUGGCGGGGACAUGGAGCGAUGCUUUUCGCACCGCGAUGACGGUGCUGUCGCAUGUGAGAAUGUGGAGAAGGAGGUAGCGAUGAUCACAUCUGAUAUUGGCAUGAUGCUGUGGCAUGGACCUUCCAAGUGCGGGAAGAGUUCGUUGGCCUUCCAAUAUGCCUUCGACCUCGUGAGGACAGCAACACCGCAAGGCGUGGCCGACAUGUCCUCCUCCAAGGCAUCUGACCCGUUGCCAUACGUCGUGCUCGUAUGCCACGAAAGUAUGCGAAGUAUGCCCGAGCGCUUUGUCCCCAUUAAUCCGUGCGAGGCGUGUCAAACACCCAUGAAGAGCGGCCGAGACGUCCUCCACUGGGAACGUGUCCGGAUGAAGUACCUGCGGAACGCUUCCCAGCUGUGCCAUUUCGCAUGUUCGUUGCAUGUCCUUGGUGGCCGACCCAUUGCUUUGAUCGUGGACGACUUUGAUUUAUUCUGGCAAGACGAACCUGCCACCGACGCGGCAUUGUUCCGAUGUCUAGCACUCUUAAAGGAAACCAUGGAGUUUAUGCAUCGAGUGCAUGGCAUGGGCCAUGUGGUCGUGAUUUCAUCGACGGCGGCGUACAGCAAGGACGAACGGCAUCGUCUCCGCCGAUGGUUUUCUCUCUUGCUCGAGCUCGUUCCAGACGCGUCGCAUCCACAAGCGUUUGCAAUGCAAGAAGAGUUGCCCGCGCCGCCAUUCUCCACGUCUGUCGCCAUCCGAGAUUGGGCCGCGUACCUGCCGCAUUUCCCCGUGCCAUACCGCGUUCUGUACCAUUUCGAGCCCAACGCGCGCAACCACGACGGAUGCUUUCGCUUCGUUCAUGCCGGUUAACCAGCCACGUGUCCAAAAAAUGAUAUGCCUACAGUAUGUAGUGGUAUUACUAUUUAAUAACUGUAAGCACUCUGUUGUUGCUUGAGGCAACCACAUGUGUGGAGGCCAAGACGGG